AUGAGUCACCGGAAAGAUAUAAUAGAACGAGGUAGUGUGAAGGACGUUGAUGUCGGCGUGCGAAACGCAUGGAAAUGGAGUUGGCUAGAAAAAGAAGUUGAAGGCAGUUUGUUGUCAGCGUGCAUCUACAAAAUUGAAGAAGCUGGGAAAGCAUAUUGUCGGCUUUGCUCGAAGGAGAUAAACUAUGCCAGUAGGCGUUACAAGACCAUAGAGGCCCAUGUUAAAUCAGAGAAACAUCGAAAACACAAGGAAGCAAAAAAGAGCAGUUAUUCUUUGGCCGGAUUAUUUUCAUCUGGUGCCAGAUCUAAUGACACACAUGAACCUUAUGGACUACACCCAUCGCUGAACGGAAAAUUGUCAGGCUCAGUCACCAGUCAGUCCAGUGACAUCAAAGAUGCACCCAAGUUGUUAGUGCCAGUCAACGACAGACUUAUAAAUAUGGAAGCGACUAUCCUUGGUUUUCUUACUGAAAAUAAUCUCCCAUUCAGCUUGACAACAGAUUUGAUUGAUCUGACAAAAAAACUAUCAAAAGAUACCAAGGCUCUUAGUGAACUACAGAUGAACAGAACAACAGCUUCAUAUAAAAUGACCUUUGGAUUAGGAAAGACAUUAAUGAUGAACUUGACGGAAAUUUUAAGAAUUUCAAAGUUUUCACUAAACAUCGAUGAGGCCACUAGUGAUAACUUUCACAGGGUGUUGGCUGUUCUAGUUUCUUAUUUCUGUCCAACAAAGAAAGAAAUUGUUGUUAAUCAUUUAGCAUCCUUAAGUGUAAUAAAAGUUGACAGUGCCACUCUUUAUAAUGAACUGGUAAAUGUUAUUGAAAGUAACAACAUACCAUGGACAAACCUUAUGUCAAUAUUAAUGGAUUCAUGUAAUGUGAUGAGGGGAUCAAAGUCUGGCCUAGAAGUUCGUAUUCAAAGGGAAAAGGCACCACACUUGUUGGAUAUAGAUGGGGACUCAUGUCAUCAUGUCCAUAACGCUACAAAGGCAUUUUGUAAACCAUUUGGCUAUGUUGUGUUAAAUACACAGCUCCCCUCAGGUUUGUAA